UUUUCAUCCUGGGGGAAGGGGCCGUGGAGUUUGAGAGGCUGUGGAAGAGAUGGCGGCCUCGGCGCGGGAAGAUGGCGGCCGCGGGCAGGAGCACGGACGGCGGGGCUGCGAGCACUAUGACAGAGGAUGCCUCCUGAAGGCACCUUGCUGUGACAAGCUUUAUACUUGCCGGUUGUGUCAUGAUAGCAAUGAAGAUCAUCAGCUAGAUCGCUUUAAAGUAAAGGAAGUGCAGUGCAUAAACUGUGAAAAAAUUCAACAUGCACAACAGAUUUGUGAAGAAUGUAGCACAUUGUUUGGAGAAUAUUAUUGCAGUAUAUGCCAUCUCUUUGACAAAGAUAAGAAACAGUAUCAUUGUGAAAACUGUGGAAUUUGUAGGAUUGGUCCAAAGGAAGAUUUUUUCCACUGUUUGAAAUGUAACUUAUGCCUAGCAAUGAAUCUCCAAGGAAAGCACAAGUGUAUUGAAAAUGUUUCCCGGCAGAAUUGUCCAAUAUGUUUGGAGGACAUUCAUACAUCCCGUAUUGUUGCUCACGUCUUGCCAUGUGGACAUCUUUUACAUAGAACAUGUUAUGAAGAAAUGUUGAAAGAAGGCUACAGAUGUCCAUUAUGUAUGCACUCUGCUUUAGAUAUGACUAGGUACUGGAGACAGCUGGAUGAUGAGGUAGCACAGACUCCUAUGCCAUCAGAGUAUCAGAACAUGACUGUGGAUAUUCUCUGCAAUGAUUGCAAUGGAAGAUCUACAGUCCAGUUCCAUAUAUUAGGCAUGAAAUGUAACAUUUGUGAAUCGUACAAUACUGCUCAGGCUGGAGGAUGUAGAAUUUCAUUAGAUCAGCAGUGAGCAGCCUGUACUUCACUGGAAAACUCAGCAUUUUCUGAUACAGAAAAAGGCUAUCUUUUUGUCAAUGCGUCAAUCUAUGCAGUAGAGCUGAUGUGUUUUGUACUAGUGUCACAGCAUAAAAUCAUAUUACAAGACUUAAGGAUUCAGGGUCUCUUUAUAGAAGAGAAUGAAAGCCACCAUGCUUGUGUUUUGAUUGGAAAUUGCUUUGGUGUUAGUUGUUUGGAAGUCAAUGAUGUUUGCCACUGAAAUUUACAUUCAUAAAUGUAUUAUACGUCUAUGGACCUUUGCUUUAAGUGACACUAUGCACACAGAAUUCAUUUCUAGGUCUUGAUAGAACUGUACUUAAUUCUCAGUAUUAUUCUUGACUUCUUAAGGGCUGCACUAUAAUGAGAAUGUGUUCUAUCUUACUGUUAAAAUCUAAUUACAUAUACUUUAGAAUUUUCUAAGACAGUCCUGUAAAUGUGAAUUUUGAUGUAAUAACUGCUAAUAAAAUUAUAUGGAAACAGAA